AUGGCGGCCGAGACACCUCUCACAAAAGCGGACCUCCGGCACCUACUGCAGGAGAUUAAAAUGAACAUGGCUACAGAGUUCUCCAGACACCUGGCACCCAUCACGGACAGCCUAAACGAUCUUACACGCAGAACUACCGCCAUUGAAGAUCAGCUAGACCGCACCUCCAUGCGGUCACAGACGAAUGAGACUGCCAUCCCAGCAUUACAAGACCAGGUACGCCUGCUGGAAGAGGCCCAAGAAGACCUUAACAACCGCUCCCGCCGUAACAACAUACGAAUUCGCGGGGUGCCAUGGACGGUUGGAAUAGACACGCUGGCCUCCACUCUGAGAGAGCUUUUCUGCAGCCUACUCCCGGAGGCCUCACCGGCCGAACUCCUAUUAGACAGAGCCCACAGGGCCCUAAAAGCCCCUCUCCCGAACGCAACCCAGCCCAGGGAUAUCAUUAUCAGCAUGCAUUAUUUUCAUAUUAAAGAGGCGCUGAUGAGAGCUGCGAGAGACACCCCACUCCAGAUAGAGGGGCAUCAAGUCUAUUUCUUGCACACUACGCAAGAGAAGGGAACUUAGACCCCUAACCUUGGAAUUGGCCAGGAGACACAUACGAUACACGUGGGGCCACCCCUUCAAGCUACAAGUCAGACAACACAACCGGGUACAUACUCUGUACCACAUCUCUGAAGCCACAGAAUUCGCGGAACGCCUGGGCCUUCCGGCCAUUGACCUCACCGCCGAGCAACCUGACAGACGCCCAGCAGGAAGGCCUUCUCCCAGGGGCCCAACACCGCACCCGACUAGAGCUCCAACUCCCAGCAGCUCUCAACCGGCCACCUAAAGAUGACCAGAUGACCACGCCAUGGACUACCACCUCCAACACAACCCUCACCCACACCUCGCCGCCAGGACAACGGAAAACACACCUUACAGACUACCGAACCCACGGACUCGAACGCCAGGAGACUAUGAACUGUCUAACCACAUGCCGCCCAGAACCAGAUAAGAUAUGA